GCAGAUGCAGCAGCACCGGCAGCAUGAGCAGCUACCAGCCACCAGUGGUGAUCGACAACGGCUCGGGAAUGAUCAAGGCGGGCCUGGCUGGGGCCCGGGAGCCCCAGUUCGUCUACCCGAAUAUUCUGGGCCGGACCAAGAACCACAGCCCUGCGGCUGACAGCAAGCAGGAGCUGCGUGUGGGUGAUCAAGCGCAGGAGCGCAGGAGCUUCCUGUCCAUCAGCUAUCCAGUGGAACGGGGUCUCAUUUCUUCCUGGGGAGACAUGGAGAUCAUGUGGAAACAUAUCUAUGACUACAACCUGAACCUGAACCCCAGCGAUGGCCCGGUCUUGGUUACAGAACCGGCUCUCAACCCAUUGGCAGACCGGCAGCACAUCUCCGAAGUGUUUUUUGAAAAUCUGGGAGUCCCUGCCUUCUAUAUGUCUGUCCAGGCUGUGUUGGCUCUGUUUGCUGCUGGUUUUACCACUGGCCUUGUGCUGAACUCAGGUGCUGGGAUUACUCAGUGUGUGCCCAUCUUUGAGGGUUACUGCCUAUCACAUGGUGUAAAACAGCUAAACGUGGCAGGAAUUGACCUCACCAACUACCUCAUGAUGUUGCUGAAGGAUGAUGGUAUCAUGCUGCUUAGAACUGGGGACAGAAAAACUGUCACAGACAUUAAGGAGAAUGCUUGCUAUGUGGCAAUGAACUAUGAUGAGGAAAUGGUCAAGGAAUCUAACGUAGAGAAAAUGUACACCCUCCCUGACGGGAAGACUGUAAAACUCCGUAAGCAGGUAUUCCGCUGCCCGGAGGCCCUCUUCUCUCCGUAUCUUGUGAAUGUGGAUGCUCCUGGCAUCGACAGGAUAUGCUUCAGCAGUAUAAUGAAGUGUGAUGCAGAUCUCAGGAACUCCUUCUUCUCCAACAUCAUCCUUUCCGGAGGAUCGACCUCUUUUCCUGGUUUAGAUAAGCGACUCAUUAAGGAUGUGGCAAAGUUGGCACCUGCCAAUACCACCGUGCAGGUUGUAGCUCCUCCUGAAAGGAAAAUUUCGGUGUGGAUGGGGGGAUCUAUUCUUGCAUCCUUGUCUGCCUUCCAAGACAUGUGGAUCACGGCUGCAGAAUUCGAAGAAGUGGGACCCAACAUUGUACACCAGAGGUGCUUCUGAAAUGUAUGCAGAAUGAAUGACGAGUAAAAUUGCUUUGGAUGUAC